CCCGUUGUGAUCUCUCUCUCUCUCUCUCUCUCUAAAAAUCAACGCAUUCUCUUUCUCUAAUUUCAAUGGCAUCAAGCAAUGGUAUCCCAACAGGCAACGGUCUCAUCGUAAGCUUCGGCGAGAUGCUGAUCGACUUUGUCCCAACGACUUCCGGCGUAUCACUAGCGGAGGCGCCCGGUUUCCUCAAAGCACCCGGCGGCGCACCGGCUAACGUAGCCAUCGCCGUUUCCAGACUCGGUGGCAAAGCUGCGUUUGUAGGCAAACUCGGUGACGAUGAGUUCGGUCACAUGCUCGCCGGGAUCUUGAAAGAAAACGGCGUCGUCGCCGAUGGUAUAACAUUCGAUCAAGGUGCACGCACUGCUUUGGCUUUUGUUACUCUACGCGCCGAUGGAGAACGUGAGUUCAUGUUCUAUAGAAAUCCCAGUGCUGACAUGCUUCUUAAACCUGAAGAACUCAACCUCGAACUCAUCAGAUCUGCAAAAGUUUUCCAUUAUGGAUCCAUAAGCUUGAUUGUGGAGCCAUGCAGAUCAGCACACUUGAAGGCAAUGGAAGUUGCCAAAGACGCCGGCUGCCUUCUCUCUUAUGAUCCAAACCUCCGCUUACCCUUGUGGUCCUCAGCCGAUGAAGCUCGCAAGCAAAUUCUCAGUAUAUGGGAAAAGGCUGAUUUGAUCAAGGUUAGUGAUGUGGAGCUAGAGUUCCUGACUGGAAGUGACAAAAUUGACGACGCUUCUGCUUUGUCAUUGUGGCACCCCAAUUUGAAGUUGCUCCUUGUCACUCUCGGUGAAAAUGGCUCAAGAUACUACACCAAGAAUUUCCAUGGAUCAGUAGAUGCAUUUCAUGUCAAAGCAGUUGAUACAACUGGUGCUGGUGAUUCCUUUGUUGGUGCUCUAUUGUCCAAGAUUGUUGAUGAUCAGUCCAUACUAGAAGAUGAACCAAGGUUAAGAGAAGUGCUCAAGUUUGCAAAUGCAUGUGGAGCCAUCACAACUACUAAAAAGGGAGCAAUUCCUGCCCUUCCCAAAGAGGAGGAUGUACUUAGCCUGAUCAAAGCCUGAUCAACACAUAGAUUCCUUUAGCAUAUUUCGUUUUCUUCCCAUCUUGUUUCACUUUUUCAUUGGGGUUACUCGCAACUAAUUUCGAGUGAAAUUGUCUCCAAUUUUAUUUUUCUUCUUGAUUUUCUGUAUCACGGCAAAAUCAUGUGCUUGGGAGUUUGGACAAAUAAUGUUUUUGAGUUUUGGUAUUAGCUUUUGAAUGAAAACUUGAUUCAGGCAUUGUUGCUGCUUUGCUGCUUCUUAAUAAAUAUUUAUAUGUCUGUUAA